GGCGAGCAGCGGCACGGCCACACAGACGCAGCCGCCGUCCCCGCCGCCGCCGCAGCAGCCCAGGAUGGGUGACGGAACUCUUCAAGAAGGGCACCAAAAGCUGGGCGCGGAGUUCUGCGCGGCCUACUAUGACAACGACGGCAGUUGGCACCCCGGCUUCUACUGCCGCAACGUGCAGGGGCAGGCCUUCUUCUGCUGCGGAGACGCCCACUACAAGUACUGCUGCCGCAAGCACGACCAAGUCCCGCAGCAAACCUCCAGUUUCACAUUGAUACUUGGUGUCAUUUUUGGAGCACUAGCAGCCAUUGUAAUUGUUAUAAUUGUCAGCUGUUUCUACUGCUCCUGUUGUAUUCUUUACAAGAAACGUCAGCCUGCCACCAAUGCUGGACGGUUGUAUCAGCUCCACUGUUCAUCUACAACUAGUGGUGUUGCCAACAUGUAUUCCUUAUCAAACCAACACAGUCUAGUCAAUGUUCCCAUGGAUACUGCUGUUCUGGUUGACCUGGAAGCAAGAGCUAUGACUGACGGACGACCACAAGUAACUAUGGCUCAUGGGCAUACAUUCUCCUUCCCAUCUCCAAAAAAUGCAACAAAUCAUGGACUUAAGAAGGCUGACGGAGAACCAAAUACAGAGGAGGCAACCAUGAUUAGACCUGCAGCAGCACCUCCACCAUAUGAUGCGAACCAACAGUGUCUUCUUUCAGUUCAACCAAUUAUGAGGUCAACAUUUAGUCCCUGCUGCACGAGCACAUUGACAAGAAACACUGGGCAGCCUCCAUCCAUUCUUGAAGAAGUAAAUUCUGUUCUUUCCAGCUCAGCAACAUCAGAGGAAACUGGUGGUGGAAGCUCAUCACUUUCUGGCCUGAGCCCAUACAGCAUGCCAGUACCUAUAAAUAAAACUACAAAGGAUGAAAUACUCUACCACUCCACAAAGUUUUAAUACGAUAAAUGUAAAAAUAUAAUUUUUAUAAACCAAGUGAGCCCUCCUAUAUUGAUAAUAGCAUAAAGUUUUUCAUAUGUUCUUUGUACAAUAUUUUAUAGUUUUCGAUAAGCAUUUUCAUCAUAUUUGUGUUGCUUAUAUGUGCAGCAAUUUUUAAAAAAAUCAAAGGUAAAAUAACCCUGCCCCCCACCACACACACACAGAGUGAGAGAGAGAGAGAGAGAGAGAGAGAGAGAGAGAGAUAGAGAGAGAGAGAGAGAGAGAGAGAGAGAGAGAGAGAGAGAUUCCCAUAUAAUUUUAAUUAUUCUAAAUUCCACCAUUUCAUUUGAAUCACUCUGAGACUAAAACACUGAAUAAAAUUCUUGUCACCUUUCUUUAUAAAAACAGUAUCUAUUAGUCUUACCAAACACACAUUCCUUCAUCCUACUAUCAUAUUAGAUAUGCAAUUUAUUUGCUUUUUAUGUUCUUCUCUUGUUUUUUUAAAAAAUAAAAUUAAUUUGUGGUUCCCUGUGACAAUAAAAAUAACAUUUUCCUUUCCUGGAACUGCUUCCAAUUCACUGCUAAAAUGCACCAAAAGAGAAUGAAACAUUACCUAAAAGAUCAUUGUAGUGUUGCUUUUACUUAUGGCAGGACAUAGUUUGUAAAAACAUACUAAAUAUCUGCCAUUCAUUGGAUGAUGAAGUAGUUCAACUGGAAUAUGACAACAUUUAAAAUACUGUAAUGUUGUAUAUCAAAAGUCAUUGUUUAAUACAAUGUUGCUACUCAGAAUAUUGGAAAAAUUACAGUAAUAUGUUGAAGUAUAUAAUGUGUGAAAUAUUGUAAUACUUUUUAAAGUCAUUUCAUGUGUAACUGUUUCAUCUUACUGUUUCAAUAAAUGUAUUUUGUACACAUGCUAAAUAUAAAUUCAUAUUUGUAUAAAA